CUCCGGGGGAAAUUAAAAAAGAAAAGAAAAGAAAAGAAAAACUACAAACUCCGCAGAAACCUGCGGCGUCUCUUGCAAACGGCCGCAGUUAAAAACAACGAAGGAAUCCCGGCAGAAGGGAUAAACUCCAUUGGGGCGUGGUAGUUCGUGAUCUCGCGCUUGUCGUUUGGGUCUUGGUCUGCAGACCCUUAGAACCACCGGGCUCCAGCGCAGCUAUGAACUUGGAGCGGGUGUCCAAUGAGGAGAAGUUGAAUCUGUGCCGGAAGUACUAUCUUGGUGGUUUUGCAUUCCUGCCUUUUCUUUGGUUGGUCAACAUUUUCUGGUUCUUCAGAGAGGCCUUCCUCGCCCCAGCCUACACAGAGCAGAGCCAAAUCAAAGGCUAUGUUUGGCGCUCAGCUGUGGGCUUCCUCUUCUGGGUAAUUGUUCUUACCACCUGGAUCACCAUCUUCCAGAUCUACCGGCCCCGCUGGGGUGCUCUUGGGGACUACCUUUCCUUCACCAUUCCCCUGGGCACCCCUUGAUAACCUCACAAGCUGGAAAGCUGGCGAUCUGUUCUUUCCCCCAAGAUGGGCUUCUCUGCUCUAAGCUUUUCUCAAACCCUAAAGACUGUCUGUCCCCCAUUUCCCAUCUGCUCUAAUAAAUGAUCCUAACUUUAAA